AUGCGCACGCGGACAUUAUCUAGGCCUUCCGAUGUUGGUGCAGCCAUCGGCUUAAGAUGUGGUCACCGCAGCCACCAUUUGAAGCCUGUGCCUGCCAAUGGAGCGAAGCAGUUGCAGCGCAUGAGCCGUGACACUUGCAAGACUCGUGCUAUACGGACACGGUGUUUAGCUUCUCUUGUGGUCCUUGCGUCUUCCAACUUUAGGCGGUUUUCCAUCCGCACAGAUGCCCCCGCAGGCAUCAACUUCGCAGCCCGGAGGAUCCAGCUACGUAGACAGCAGACCUUGCCGCACUUGGGCUUUGGCACGGGACGCCCUGGCGGCUCCAGAGAGCCAGAGGUGACGCUUGAGGAUGGACGCCGAAGACUGGUCACUGCUGUUCGAAUUGCGAUGCAAACUGGAUAUCGCUUGGUUGACACCACCUUGUUCUCAGGUAUGGAGAAGGCAGUUCUCGAAGGAAUUCAUGAGUCGGGCGUCAAGCGGUCGGAGGUGACCAUUGCAACGAAGCUGUUGCAAAUGGCGCAUAACAGCGCUGAAAGCGUACAGGCGUCUCUUGAGAAUUCACUAAGUAAUUUGGAUUGCAGCUGCAUUGACUUAUACCUGCUUCAAAGCCCACGGGGAGGCAAGAUCAAGGAGGUAUGGUCUAAGUUGAUAGAGCUUCGCGAUCAAGGUUUGAUCCGUGCCUUGGGUGUGUCAAAUUUUGGCGCUGGACAACUAGAGGGUAUGAGACUGUCUGGAUUGGAGCUCCCACAGGUGAACCAAGUAGAAAUACACUGUUGGAGGCAACUGCCUGACCUGGCUGAGUAUCACAGGAAAAAUGGGAUCGCAACGAUGUGCAUGGCGCCCCUGGCAAGAGGUGAGAUGUUUGGCAAGACUGAUGUUGCUGCGAUCGCCGAAGAACUGGGAGUCACAGAGGCUGCUGUUGCAGCGCGUUGGUGCAUGCAAAUGGGCUAUAUUCCAAUCCCAAGGUCGGUCCAGCCACUCCAUAUCCGGGAGAAUUUGGCAUCAGGGUUCGAGCUGACCACCAGUCACAUGGAAAGGAUACAAAAGGUUGACACAAAUUACAUAGCCUGCCGGAAAGCAUCUCCAUGUUGUGAGUUGCCGUGGGACGCCAUUUCUGACAGUAUUCCGGACAAAUCGUUGUGGGACGACAGCAAGAAGCGAAAGGCAGAAGCUGCAGAAAGGCGUGGCAAUCUUCAAGAUGAGCGCGCACGCAAGGCCCGCGAGCGGCGUGAACGACAGAUGCGAGCACAGGUGCCGCUUUCAAACGCGCUGGCACUGAGCAUUGGUUCCUUGCAGAUGUGUCAGCAUCCGCAGUGCCAUGGGAUGGCAUUUGGGGCCAGGUCUGCAGCCAGAGGCAACGAGCAGCGGGAGAAAACACUGGGCCAAGGGUCUUUUGUUCGGAAUGUCAACGAUGUGGAUGAUGGGCCUUCCAAUGUCUUCCAAUGCCAGUCGGAGUGGCAACAAGCCCAGUUUUUAGAGCACCUGGCUGCAAAGCACGGCCGCGCUCUUGCAUCCCCUGGUGGAAGGUUGGGCGGUGAAUCAGAACAACUGGACAUGCUGCAUCGAGGAUCCUCAGAUGGCCACUACCCUCGGCUUCCUGAGGCUUUGCAACAACUGCAAGUGGUGUCCCUGGGCUCCUUUUGUGGAAUGAAGUUUUCUAUUCAGCGACUUGGUCUUGGAGAUGCGCAUCUCCCAUUUGACUGGAUUCGAACUACCUCGAAGGGCUUGAGAGGUUUCCUCAGGGAUGGUUUCGACAACUUCUUUGAGGUCAAGAAAUACGAGUUGGCGGAAGCAGGGAUGACCGUUCAUCGAGCGGAGCAGCACUCGUUUUGGCACGAUGAUGUCAGUCAGGCAGAAGUCCGAGACAAACUCAUGCGAAGGAUUAAUCGCUUUCUUCACUUAGCUCAGAAUCCCUCGACGCAGGUUCGUGACCUUUUGUUCAUCAGAAGCUGUGCGUGCACUGAUGAACUGCGGGAAGUGGAGGAUCUUUACGCAGCACUUUGUGAAUCCUUUGGAGUCGGACCCAGGAGGCUGCUGCUGGCCAUCGUGAUUGACGGCCAGGAGCGGCACGAAGGGCCGAUUCUUCAUGCAUUUCUGCCAGGCUUAGCCUUCUUUCUGCAGCCACUGGCGAGCCAAGCAGAAGGAACGGAUGGAAAGGCAUUCAGCUGGGCGGUGGCAGCUGCCUGCGAUGCUGCCCUGUUGUUGGGAGAUGUAGAAGGCUUUGCAGCCAAAGGUAGCGAGCGAGUGGUCCAAAGCGGAACUCAGCUACUGGAAGGAGGCCACCUGUGCCGGCCAGUGGCGCCCUGUGAAGCUGGCCUACAUUCAGGUGCUUGCUGA